AUGGAAUCAGAUGUUUUCGAAGCUGUUUAUAUACCAGCUCAGAAUGAAUUGCAUACCACAACAACGAUUUGUUUAAAUGACGCUUUGGAGGACUACAUACAAAGAGAAUUUCCAGAACUUUCCGAGCAAACUGCCUCAUCAUAUCUUGUCCCUGCUACAUUUCAGAGUCAGGCAACCGAAAACCUAUCGGCAAUACCAUCGUCUUUAAUAUCAAAAGAAGACCAUUUGAGGAGUCAGGGAGAUGCAGCAGAGGAAGUUAUCUUUAACUCGCUGAAAUACAUGAAAAUUCCUGGUGUUGUUUUUCAUGGCCGGCCAUACAUAAACGAAAGCAAAAAUAGCAGGACAUUUAAAGAGCAUGAUUUUGUUAUUUUAACAGCAGAGAAGAGAAUCUGCUUGAUAGAGGUGAAGUGCUGUGCUGAUUCCUCAGAUCCUUUGGUAAAAGUGUUAAGCAAUGGAAAAAGCAUCAAAGACAACAGGCGUUCCGGAUUGCAUCAGCUAGACGCUCACACUUCUGUGCUCCAAGAUAAAUAUGGAGUGCAUUCAUCUGUCGUUGGGCAAAUUUUGGCAUGGCCGUUUUUAACUGGACAUGAUCCACAAGGUCGUGAGCGGUUCACUCAAGAUGUCUCUAGUGGAAAGAAGCAUUUUUUCAAAGACGUUUGUCGAGAUAUUGACAAAUUUUCAGCUGUGCUGUCCGAUUACUUAAACCAACUACCUGUUCUUGAGGGUGACAUUUGGAAUUUAGUACUAAGAUGGUUUACUUUGCUUGGAUGUAGUGCUGUCAUCGAUACUCUAACAGGAACAAUGGACUCGCAACUGAUAUUACUAUCACAGGAACAACUUGCAGCAGUCUAUAGUCAACCGAAUAACACUGAUGGCCCCGUUGUUAUUUAUGGUCCACCAGGAUCUGGAAAAACUGUGCUAAUACUCAUUAUAAUUAAAAAAUUGUGGAAAGAUAACAAGAUAGGGCCAGGGAACAAGUGUUUGUUACUAACUGGCCGUUAUGGAUCUGGAUUAAAGCAUUUUGCCAGGAAGUGUCUUGAAAAGCAUGGCAUUGAACAUGUAAUUAUCAAAUCCCUUCCAGCAUCUCAUGAAGUAUUUCAAUCUUGGUGUGAUAAAGAAACUGAAAAGUUUACUCAUGUUUUUGUUGAUGGUAUAGAAGAUCUUGGUUGGUAUGGUAAUAUUAAAAAAAAUAUGAAUUUCCUGAGAUUAACAUGGAAAUCCUCUGAACAAGGCUACUUUUGGUGCACAAUGGAUGGGAGCCAGCUAUUGUACAAUUUGGCAAUUCCAGGAGGCCCCAAUGCUACAAGUCAGGUAAUGCCUCAAAUAAGUCUGUCCAAAACCUUCAGAUCCACUGGAAAUAUCUUCACAUUCACUAAAAGUUGUAUACCGGUAUGUAAUGAUAUAACUGAAGAUAGUCACAUCAUUGGUGCGGUGAAUGACAAAGUAACAUGCCAUCUUCCCAUGCAGAAAUUAUCUCUUGCACACAAGAUCUCUGGGCCACCUGUGUAUUUUGUCAACUCCGAAAAUUUUGUAUCUCGCGAAGAAGUUGUGUGUUUGUUAAUAAUAGAUUUAUGUGGACGUAAAGGGAUCAAGCCAAAUGACUUGGUUCUAAUGACUUCUGCAAGUAUACUACAAGGACGACUUAAUAUCACAGCAAUUAACCAAGGAUUCGAAAAGUUUUUCAGCAGCAAAGGAUUUAUUCCAAAAGGCAUUGUGGGAGUGCAGAGGUUUUUAGACAGCCAACAGGAAGAGCGAUUCUGUGUGUGUUCUGCCUCUGGUUACAAGGGAUUGGAAGCUAAGGUGGUUAUUGCUGUGCCACUUUUGUUUAAUAAUAGCUCUCGAGAGAUGAUUCAAAGGAUGAUGUAUUCCAUCUCCUCUCGUUGCCUCUGUCUGUUGGUUAUUGUCUGGAACCAAACAGAAUCUGUGGGGGUUAUGGAUGCAGAACAAUUAUCCCAAUAUGCCAUUACAUCCAGCGAGUCCCAAUUGAAACAGUUCUUCAAGGAUGUUGAUCAGCAUAACAAGGCUGAGAUAGAGAGACUGAGAAAAGAAGAAGAAAGAUUAAAAACAUUUGAGACGUAUCCUUUAGAUGCCAAUGUAAAACCAACUGACCUGGCUAAAAAUGGAUUUAUCUACAGAGAUGGAAAUACGAGUGAUUCAGUAAUGUGUGUAUUUUGUGGUGGUGUUCUUUAUGAUUGGGAACCAAAUGAUGUUCCAUCUAAAGAACAUGAAACGUUUUACAGUAAUUGUCCAUUUGUAAAGGGUGAAAAUGUUAAUAAUGUGCCCAUUUUGUAA